AUGAUGCAUUCGGUUUUCUUGGACGAUGAGCCAGCAGCUGAUCAGGACUGGCAAAUCCUAGAACAUGGCUACGGAGGGCCGCGCACUCCUUCCACUACCAGCGACGCUCACGACACUGAGACGGACACUCGAGCUCAGCAGUACGAUACCAGCGACGCGGGCAGCGAUGAUGACUAUGGAGGAUCCACGCAAGAGGCUCCAAAGCGCAAAAAGGGGGGCUAUGACAGUCGAAUUGAGCAGAUACUCUAUGAGAACCCGGAUCUUCCAAUUCUCAUUGUGGAUGCUGGCAAGAGCUUGGAAAGUGGUGGAAAAUAUAUUGUGUAUACUAUUCGGACUGGGGAUCUGGAAGUCAGAAGAAGAUACUCAGAAUUCGCAUCUCUCAGAGAUGCCUUGUCUCGUUUACAUCCGACCCUGAUCAUGCCGCCAAUCCCAGAGAAACAUACUAUGGCAGACUAUGCUGCGAACCCAACUAAGGCGAAGCAAGACCAGCAAAUCAUCGAUCUGCGAAAGCGCAUGUUGGCGGUCUUCUUGAACAGAUGUAGGCGCAUGGAUGAGGUCCGGAACGAUGGGGUUUGGUGGAGGUUCCUUGAUCCGAAUUCAAGCUGGAACGAGGUCUUACAUUCUCACCCAAUUGCAUCCAUCCCAAAAUCCAACAUGAAAGCCCCGCCGCUCGACCCCGCCAACCCCUCACCUGCUCACGCAUUUCUUCCUGUUCCAGCUACAUCUGCGAAGUUGAAGGCUGCUUCUUCCUCGUCGACCAAUGCCCAGGGAAUGCCAAAUCAACCUUCCGAAUAUGCUGCCAGUCCGUCCACAGCUGCACAUACCAUACCUGGCAUCCAAGUGUUUGGCCGAUUUCCGCCAGACUCUCAACACUUGAGCGAACAGGAGCUUGACCCAUACUUUAUAAACUUCGAAGCUGGUACAAAGGAGCUUGAAUUACUUCUUACGGGACCUAUUGAGAAGGUCAAUAGGAGGACACUUCAACACCUGUCAUCCCUAUCGUCGGAUUUAGCAGAGCUUGGCGCAAGAUUCAAUGGCUUUUCGCUGUCAGAACCAUCACCAUCUCUUGCAGCUGCGAUUGAAAGGGUCGGGCAAGCUGUUGACUCUUCUUACCUGGCGACGGAGGAGCUAUCUGGGUCUCUAGGCGCAAGCUUCGCUGAGCCAAUGAGAGAAAGUGCACAGUUUGCUGGUGUUGUCAGAAGUGUUCUUCGAUACCGUGUUUUAAAGCGUGUUCAGCAAGAGAUGACCAAUGAUGAGCUGGCAAAGAAGAGAGCACUACUUGAGUCACUCGAGCGAAGCGAGACGGAAGCUAAGAGAAUUGAGCAAUAUUUGAACAGUAGCGGUACAGGCAAUCUGCCACGGCGGUCAAAUUCGUCAUCUAAUAGGGAUCCUCUCAGCACUAGACGAGAGAAUAAUCAAGAAGAUACGGCAUCUAUCGACUCCGACUUUCCCCCAACUCACGGCGAUGGAUCUAGCCCUCCUUCAGCAACCCAAGGAGCACCUGAAGAACAGCCCAGUCCAGCUCACCGGAAAAGCUCAAGUGGAAACUUCAUCACCAACAAGAUCUUUGGUCGUAUCAGUCACGCGGUCCAUGGAGUUGUUGAUGUUGACCCCGAAAGAACGAGACGAGAUCAGAUUGGCAAGACGAGAGAGUCCAUUGAGCAGUUGGAGCAAGCACAACAAGCUUCGGAGCAGGAUGUUCGUAAUGCUAGUGCCGGUGUGCUCAAGGAUUUGAAGCGGUUCCAGGCUGAGAAGGAAGAUGAUUUGAGACGGUAUAUGCUUGCAUAUGCGAAGAGUCAAAUCGAAUGGGCAAAGAAGAAUAAGGAGACGUGGGAGGAAGCGAAGGCUGAGAUCAACAAGAUCGAUGAGAGUUGA